AAUAUUAUAAUCAGACCUGGCUCUCUGUCGAUGGACUUUCUGAUGCAACCGAGUGACAAGGGUUUGCUUAAAUUCUGGUUUUUCAACGUAACCAACGCUGACAAGAUCGGGCCCUUGGUGAAACCCAAACUGCAAGCGAUUGGACCAUAUGUUUAUAGAGAACGCACGAAGCCCUUUGACUUCAGAUGGUCUUCGGAUGGAAAAUACACAUCUCUCACCUAUUCCAUCGAGGUGACAUAUGAAUUCGAAAAGACGCUGUCUGUAGGCGAUUCGGAGAAUGAUGUGUUGUUUACGGCAAAAAUUCCCGACAUCGUUACAUUUAAGGGCAAUUACCUUAACAAUGAAUACCGUCUGACCCACUGUAACUUCUAUCCCCUUAAAAUAGUGAACGCAUUUACUCCGCCGGACGUCACUGUCGGCUCCUACAGGGACAUAUUUGCAGAACAAUUGUGUCGCUCCAUCACCUUCAAAGUGACGGAUACGUUGCCACAUCCAAGCUUCGAACAUUUCAAGGUCCUUAAGAUGUCUCUGCUUCCGGAGACCUUUCACAGUGCCAUUGAUUACCCCCCUAACAGAAAGUACCUCCUUAACAGCACCGUGGGACCCGAAGUGCCUCCCACUGGGGUUGUGGAUCUAUCCAAAUGUCUAGCAGUGGGGAACUUGCAAGUUCCAAUCUUCGGCUCACUACCCUUCUUUCGGGAUGCUUCGGUAGAAGUGUCCGAGAAGGUAGAUUUUUUGACCACGCCACCCCUGGGAUCAGAUAUUGAUUUGAAAGUAGAACCACAAACUGGGCUUAUUCUCGAGGGAUCAACCCGUCUCCAAUUCAAUAUAUAUUCCCGAGGAAGCAAAAACCGUGGAGUCUUUCGGGAGUUUCCGGAUGAUAUCUUUCUGCCAAUUGCCUAUGCUUCAACUUAUCAAGUUGGCAGCAAAGAGGAGGUGGAAAAGUUGCACUACUUGCUGGACUUCCUGCCGAAUGUCCUCAUGAACCUGCUGCUCAGUCUUCUCUGUAUCGCUCUUCUGGCAAUCGUCUCGGCUCUAACCAUAUUUUAUGUCCUACUUAAUCGAGUUGGCAUUACUUUUACCUACCUCUUCUUCAUCCUGCGAAGCAAAAUCUAUCUUCAGAAGAUCUUCGGUGAUGACGACGCGCGUUCCCCUGUGUGCAACUCCAACUCCAAAUGGGUUGAGCAGGUGGCUGCCUGUCUCCGAUAA